AUGGAUUCAUGGCGGGACGGAAUAAAAAGAUUAAGGGAAAAAUCAACGAAGUUUAUCCAGGAAUUUGUCGAUCUUGCUGACGUGACUAAUGAAUUCGAGAUUCCAGAGUACGAGGCUGUAGUAGAGGUCUUCCACAAGAAGCAUCUUAGCCUCACCCUACCCUGGUCACUAAAAGAAGUUCGAGUGGCUUUGGACUGGUUUGCCAAAGAUGCUACUACCUAUGGAACCAUGUUCGUACGACCCAAGAGCAGUGGUACCACCCUUCUAUCAAAUGGUACAGAAGAUGAAGCGCAGGAUGUGGCGAUGCAAUCGUCCUGUAAACACAUGGCGAAGAUGAAAACGGAUCACACUGGACAAUGCGGCACGUUUUUCUCAAAUCGAUCAGUGGUAAAAUUACAUGCAAAACCUGGGGACCUUCUUGGUAGGGCUCUCUAUAUUGACAACAUCCAAGUCAUGGCCCAAGGCGCGCAGACACUUUGGAAUAAGCAUAUAACAUUUGCUAUUCUUCAAGCUUAA